CCACGGUCUUGAGUCUUUCUCAGUUCUCAUCUAAUCGCCGUCCGUACAGAUGCCGCGCCAGGUAAAGAAGAAAGGACGUAGCGCCUCGUUUACUUGGGACUACCGUAGUCUGAAUAACACUGAGUCUAAUCAUGAGUCCACGGAUGACACAGAGUCUGAUUCCGGAACGUCGUUACUCGACGAGAAGGAAUGGACGUCCUUGCACCAUGUUGUACGGUGUGAUGAGUAUGAGGCCGGGGAAGAUGUUCUUGUCUGGGGUCAGGGAAUGAACCCAAACAUUGACUAUGAUAUCCACAAAUACUGGGUCGGGCGAAUUAUCGAGUUUGCCACAAAAGUCGAGGAAGAUGACAAGGAUGAGAAGAAGGACUGGGCUCGAGUGCAGUGGUACUACUCUCGACGUGAUAUCGCACACGUCAAUCCAUUGCUUGACGCAAAGGGUGCUGAUCCCUGGGAACGACUGUUAUCGGAUCAUUUCGACUCAAUCCCUGUUUCUACGAUCAAAGAGCCUGUCAUUGUCCGUAGAUAUGACGAGUCAGCUCUCAUACCCUGGGAGAAACACGAAGGUCAAUUCUAUUGCUGCUACAAUUAUGACUUCAACAAGUUUAAAGUGACCCCUCAGGCAAAAAAGCAGCUCUCAUUUGAUGAGACUCCAUCACCUGCAGAGUGGCAGAUGUUGGAUCGUUUCGAUUCCAUUGUUGAGGAAACACGUGAAGAGGGAUCCAGGUCUGAAUAUCGAGCAGGGCAAGACAUCCUGGUCAUGAACUCGGCUGGAGAGAAAGUGGACUAUCCCCUGCACCAAUGUUUCGUAGCAAAGAUAGUGGAAUUUGGUCUGCGGAAGAUAGAAGGAAAGGAAAUGUGGUGGGUGAGAGUACAAUGGUACUACUCCAAGGCAGAGCUGUCUCAGCAACUAAGAGGCUUCGAGCACAGAACAUGGGGACGUUACGAGCGCAUUCUCACUACUCAUUUUGAUCAUAUUGCAUUCGCCCGUGUCAUAGGGCACACUGUCGUCAAGAGAUAUUCCGAGACAAGCCUCUACCAAGAACAAAUCAACGAUGGUGAAUUUUAUUGUCGACGUCUACGAUAUGAUCCAGAGAGAAAUGAAUUUUCGCCUCCGAAUCUCCCUCUGUGCCACGGCACGUUCGGAUGCAACCAACCUUACAGCCCGGAUCAUGACACAGUCAUGCAUUUCUGUCCGCGUCCGAAUUGCCAGAGGUGGUACCAUCAACCAUGUCUACUGUAUGACCGACACUUCGACACUCGUAUGGGGAGAGCUGAACGCGACGGACGUAUGCUAUCUUCGGUUCCUGAUGACGAUGAAGGACCUUUUGCUCUGCGUUCCGCUCUCACUAUCAGAAUAUCAACCAGAUCUCACCCCACGGCGACAACACCUCAAAUAUGGGCAUAUCAAGAACCAAAUUUGCAAGGUGCUAGUGGUAUUAUGUUAGAGGAGCUACCAAGGGAGUUGGUGAAGGUAGCACAGUCACCGAUUAUCAAAGGAGUGGGGAUAGGAAUUGCGGGGAAUAUAAAGGAGGUGAUUGAGGCGCGGAGAUUGGUCCUGGAUUGUCUUGAGCUGAAGGAUGGCCAUGAUGUGAAGGCCAGGUGCUAUAAGUGGAUGGAACGACGACUUGGCUAUAGAAAGAUCGAAAAGGAAGAGGCCAAGGAUGCGGUGGGAGAAGGCGUGCGUGAAGGCUAG